AUGCGCAAGUUCUCUCGUACUUCAUAUACCUGCGGUCAGGAGCAGCCUCAGCACAAGCACAAGCACAAGUACGAGUACUUUCCAACACCCAAGUCGCUCUUGCUGCCACCAGACGCUACCGUCACAGGUCCUAAGCUCGAACCUAUCAAGUCGUCUUUCAUGGUGGGUCAGUCACCUCAUGUUCCGCCGUUUUUAGGCCACAAUGAGAGUAUUCAGGACUUGAUUCGCAGUCGUCGCUCGUCGCAGGACGAGAUUCGCGCGUUACUUGCACGCACCACACAGGCACUGGACAAGAUUGUGAGCAUUCGCGAGUCGAUGGAAGAUUUUGUGGACUUUAAUCAGUUUGAUAGGAAGACGCAGCGUCUUUCACGACCGUCGCGCGUUAGCUCCAGUAUUGCUGAAUUAGGGGAAAACCCAGCCAGGUCUACACCUUCCUCGAGUUAUGGCAGUACCGAGGCAUCGUCUCUGUCUGAGGACACUCUAGCGAUGGACAGGUCAACGAAUUCUACGACCAAUUCUUCAUCGUCGCUCGAGGAAGAUGGAGAGCACGACGUGGAUAGGGACCGAGAAGAUGAGACGAGCAGACACUUGCAUUUGAAUAGUACGGACUAUGAUAAUGAGCGAGAAGAGGAUUUGGAGGCGACAGAGGAAGGAGAUAUCUUUGAUGAUGAUCACACCAGCAGUUCCAUUGUCAGCUCCAUCUCGACGGUUGAAGAUCUCGCGCCUUUCAAGGAAGCUAGAUUGGAACGAUUGAGAAGCAUAAACAUUUCGUUCCAUGAGGGUUUACCAAAGGCGUUUUUUCAGUCGUUGUGCCGCUUUCUCAAUUCGGCACUCGAGGUCAAGACUCGACAUACGAGAUUUAAUUUCUACAAAGAAGCUUUUACGGGUGGUGACGCUGUUCGCGAGAUGCUAAUAAGUGGCUUUGCUGAAGACCACCAAUCAGCUACAAGAUAUGGCAAUGUUCUUGUAAGACUUGGUUUUAUUGAGCAUGUAUCACGGACGGACGACCAGUUGCACAAUUCCAAGGACAAUUUUUAUAGAUUUACUAAGGUGCUGGAAUAUGACGACACUUUGGAGACUUGUGCUUCGGACACAGCUAUGCAGAGACGCACAUCCAUUAACGCCAACAACUACCGUGAGUCGGUGCUUUUAAACGAGUCGACCGAUUUAGUAGACUAUGACUUCGCGACCGCUACCGACGAGGUGCAUGCGCUUGUGACGGAAGAGACACUGCAUGUGUUGGCUAAGGUGCUUCAUAAGGUGUUCGAGCGCAAGAACAAAUUACUGUUUUACAAAGGCUUCGUUGGGUGCUUUUUGGGUGCUGAGGCUGUGAAUGUCAUCCGCGAAAUGCGCAUCGCCAUCACACUUAUUGACGCUGUGCUGAUCGGACAGGCGCUCUUGGAUGAAGGUCUGAUUGAGCCGAUAGCUACGACAGUCUCAACUUUUCAGGACAAGUACGUCUUCUACCGUCUCACCAUGAUAUCAUCGUCGUAA